CAGUUUAUGUUGGUAUUUCGGCAACGAAGUACCAGCUAAAAUGAGUUUGAGUUUUGAGCCUGGACAGCGAAAAAGCACUCGGACUAUGUUUCGGAUAUUUGUUUUGUGGGACGUGUGGGCCCUUUUCGAAUCUGUGUAGCAGUUGCCACGAACAUUUCGAAGAAAAUAGUAGGUCCCCAGCACAGAGUUUAAUACUAAACAAGCUUUAUUCUUGAGGGAUAAAACAGAAAUGAUAACGUAGCAUGCCUCACGUGACAAAAUUGGUGAACUUUUUCGAGGGCCUUUCGGGCGGUCAAGUAGUACCUUCGAAGAGUCAGUCAAAUUUUCGACAUUCGUUUCAGCAUGGAUUUUCAUCACCCUUAUUUCCAAAGACUUUUGAUGCUGGGAUGGAGCAAACCUGUAAAUCAGGCAUUCCAACGAAGAGCAAUGAUUUCACAGAUAAUGCACAUAUCGAGAAACAAAGCAAGUCUAUUUUUUCGGGAAUCUACGACAGAAUAUCAGACAUAUUUAAAGGUAGCAGUCUGAUGCAAAGUACAGAUUCUGUAAUCCAGCAGUUAUCUGAUACAAGACAAGAGGACGUUCGAGAAGAACAGAAGUCAAGAGUAAAUGACGUGGAAUGGGUUGAAAGAAAUAAUAAUUCUGAGGAAAUUCUAUGCAAAGUCAAACAAAAUGGCCAUGGGAACGGACUAAUAGAAAGAGAGAGAAUUUCUCUCACAGGGCAAAAUCAACUACUCGGUUCCACUAGAAAAAGUGCCUACCUGAUUGGCGAAGAUACUAAAAACGCUAGUCAAGAGACUGGGACGAAGAAAGGGAAGGUAUCAAAAGACAGCGGUCUUACAGAAACUACAAAUGCGAAAGAGAGAUUUUUGCACGCAAGGAACGAUUUAAAGGAGGCAAAUGCAAUUGGAAACAGACUACCAAAAUUCUCUCUGCUUAGCAAUGGGAGUGGAGCAGGCUCCCAGUAUGAAUCGGAAUCCAUAACAUCAAUACAGUCACAGUUUGCCGAUGACGAACUAAACCAUGAAAUAAACAUUCAAAAACAGAGCCAUGACUGGAAAGAAACUGGAGAAAAGUUAUGUAAAGCUACCAGUGGGAGCUCUGGUAUAUAUACUGGAUCAGUUACCACUCUUAGUAACAUGGUAGAGGAGAGACAGGGAGUUGAACAUCAAACAUGCAGUACAAAAAGAUAUGUGGAUGAUGUGAGUUCUGGAAAUCAACUGCCAUCCCGCAUCAAAUAUCCAAGCGAACCGACUAUUUUACAGCCAUGCAAAGCCAGAACACUCACGCAGGAAAAUAUUCUGAAUAUCAAAGACAGCAGUGUGUCCAUUUAUAGUUUGGAAAAUAAAUCUGGAUGUACAGAAUCAGUUACAGCAAGCCAAUUUUCUUUGUUUUCUUCUGAAAAAGAAACCAGGGAGUCAAUAGCAGAACACACUAGAGAGAGCCUUAAAGAACAUAAAAAAUGCAUGAAGAUUGCCGAACCACGACGGCUGAAAAAAGGAAGAAAGGUUCUUGAAGAGGAAGGGUUUUUAAUUAUAGUUGACGAAGAAGGCUCGGGGUCAACUCAUCUUGCUUGGGAUUUAUUAUUAGAGGACAAGAGCAAAGAAAAGUAUAAUUUAUUAGAUGUUUAUACUUUCCCAGUAUGUAUUCGCUCAAAAGAGCCCGUCAUUAUUCUUGUAGAUGACGCAUUUGGUGCGACUAAACUGAACGAACCCGCAUUAGAAACCUGUCUGAAAUAUGUUAAAUUGUGUAAAAAGAAAAGGUCAUCAAGAACUGUAAAGAUAAUUUUCACAAUAAAACAUCACAUCGCAAGCCAAUGCAAACGAAAGUUGUCCGAUUAUAAAAAAUGUAUAGUGGAUUUGGAUGACCCGAAAAUACAGCUUGACGGUGAUGAGAUGUUUGAAAUUUCGAAAGCGAUAGUUGAAAAUAAUAGAGAUGAAUUGAAAAUUCAGCUCUCUUCUGAAACCGACCCUCACAGAUUAAAGCCACCAAGCAAGAAAUGGGAACUAAUUUCUGAGUCAUUUCUUACCGAACUUGCCGAUGUCGCUCUUCCGUCAGGUUUUCCGAAGAAAUUCAGACAGUUUCUUGACACAAGAGCAAACAUUAGACAAGGUUUGACAUUUUUUACACGCCCGACAGAAGACCUUCUCGAUGAAAUAAUUUAUAUGAAGCGUUCAGAAUAUCAAUCUGAUCUUGACAAGAAUCUUACUUUGAUGAUGAUUGCAGUUUGUGGAGAGAAACUUAAACUAGAAAAGAUCGGAAGCAUUGAUGCUAAUCGGCAUCGAAGUAUUGACAAACCGUCGACUAAAAUGACGAAGAGGAAAUUCAGAGGAAAGAUCAAGACUAAGGAAGAAGCAACUGAGACACCCUGGUGGAUUGAAAUUAUCAAUCAUUACGCAAAACAUUGUCCAAAGUCUCUUUUUGAAUCCGUCAAGAAGGGAUUAGACCUUCUGAAAGGCAACUAUAUCAAGGAAAACAUGAAGGGUGUUUUCGAAUUUGCUUCUCCCUGUGUGAAAAACGCAGUCUUAAUUUCCUGCAGUCAAGAUUUUCCGCAGUUUAUUCUAAAACUUUGUGAUCUGCCAUUUUUCAAAGAUUACGUUUGCACUGACAGCUGUUUUGAAAUGGAUAACACCCGAUUUAUUCAGAUUGAUGUUUUGAAUAAAUCUCUCUGUUCUGAAGCGAACGAGAAACUCAAGACCCUCUGUGAUGGCGGUGAUACGGAGGCAUUUGCGAAGCAUAGGCUUUUCAACGACCCAACUUUCCUGCAGCAAUUCAUUGAAUCGUUUGGAAAAGAAACUGAUAGGCUUUCGAAAAUGCUCAUGAAUGAUGGCGAAAAAGAUGGGAGAUGUGUUAUAUCCUGCGCCAUAGAAAACAAGCCACACUCUAGCCACCAAAAGACAAGCAAUUUAGCGUAUUCAAUUAUACUUCAUAAGGCUUGGAGUCAGAAAAGAAAGAUUUGUGCAGAAUGGACAUCACGGAAGGAGCUGGAAGUCAUCACAUACUGCUGCGAACAAGGUCAUAAAGAAGUUUAUUUUGAGUUGAGGAGAAAAUACAAAAUUCCGGUCAACUACGAAUGUCUUCAGUUAGCCAUUAAAAGUGGGACAUUUGCAAUUGUUGAAGACAUUUUGGGAUCCAUUGGAAAAGAUAUAUCAGACGAAGAAAAAUGCAAAUGCAUGGAGCUUGCUUUGCUGAAGUAUACGAAAAGUCCAUUGAAAAGUCGCCAUGAGGUAGUAAAUGCUCUGUUAAAGUUCGUAUCUGUUGACUACAAGAUAAAAGGCGUGGAUCCCAUCAUCCAUACUGCUACAAAAACAAACGAUGCUCGUGUUAUAGUUACCCUUGAAGUUUUCGAUGGGGAUAUUAAUAUAACAAACUCACAUGGCAAAACUAUUCUUCAUGAAGCUAUCAAACGGAAUAAGGCAGCAUUUUUGCUUAUGGCACUUAAACACGGAGCAGACCAGAAAAAAGCUGAUAAACAUGGAUAUCUGCCAAUUCACGAAGGAGCGAAAGAAAACAAGCCAUAUAUGAUAGAGUUACUCAUGGAAGCAGACUUCGAUAUCGCUGUGGCAACAGACAGGUCCGGACGGCAACCGCUCCAUUACGCAGCUAUUUACAAUAGUGUAGAAGCAGCAAACUGUCUUAUAGAGCAUGAUGUUGGAAUAGAUGUAUACGAUUGUGAACAGAAAACACCUCUGCAUUAUGCAGCCGAGUCAGGAAAAGGUACCGUCAUUCAUAGCCUUCUGGAAGCCCAUGCAGAUACAAGGAAAGAAGAUAAAUAUGGACGUUCGCCGUUGGUACUCGCGUGUAAAAGUCGAAACGUAAAGGGAUUCAAAAGACUUAUACGAGAUGAAAGUGCCAUGGAAUCGGUUUCGGUCCAAAAUGAAUGUCUGUUCAUAGCUGUGGAAGAAAACCAAGCCGAGAUACUAAAAAUGAUGGUCGAGAAAGGUGUUGAUAUAAACCAAAAAAAUAGAGACGGGAAAACAUUACUCCAUUUCGCGAUAGAAGUUAAUGCAGGUAUGGUUCAGCAACUCAUCGAGGAAAAGGUAGACGUUAAUAUUGCCUGCAACAAUAUGUUCCCAGUGCAUGUUGCGGCGUCUGAAGGCAGAGUAGAGGUGAUCCAGAUGUUAGCUGAAGCAGGAGCAGGUAUUAAUGAAGUAACACUAGACAGCGGUGACACUGUACUACAUAUCGCAAUAGAAAAUGGUCACAAUGAACUGGCGAUUAACAUACUCGAGGAAGACAACUCCUUGAUAGGAUUCAGAAACAAAAGAGGUGAAGUUCCACUGCAUAUUGCAGCUCGUCAUGGUAACCUGUCCGUGACACAUGCACUACUAAAUAGCGGAGCUGAGCGCUCGCCAAUCAACAAGUGUUUUGAAACACCUUUAACACUUGUCAAAGAGAAACUUUCAGAACUUGGGAAUCAUAUACAUACAAAGGAGUAUGAAAAUCAUUACAAGGUAAUGAUGCUUCUGUCAGGUCACAGAGUUAUGCGUGAGACUGCUUUGUAAAUUAACAAUGUCAAUGGUUCCUGUAAAGUGACUAUGAAACUUGUUUUGGAAUUGCCUUAUCAUUUUGAAAAAUAUUUUACCUAUUCUUUUCUUGAGAUUUCUUGAGAAAUUUAUCUGGUAAUGAGAUUUUUAUGCUGCAUUUUGACUCCAUGACAAUAGCAACAGCUUAUUUGAGUUACGACAUUCAUAUAAAAUCAUUAAUAAAAAAUUUAAUAAUAUCAAGGCAACCUCUUUUUAUAAAAAUAUGGGAAGUAACAUAACAAAUAAUCUGUUAGCUUUAGAUACACAUUUUUGCAUUGAUUAAGCCUUGUGAACACAUAUUAAUGUAUGUACAUUUUUCUUUAUAUACAUAUUAUUAUUUGUUUGUUUGUUUGUUUGUUUUUUAUUUGUUUUUUUUUUAUUUUGAUGUUCAUCUGAAAGAACAAACUGUUCAGACUAGCCCGCAGAAAAUAUUAUAAGAUGUUGGGAAAACUGAUUUUAAGCAUUACUACUUGCAGCAAAACAUAUUUAGGUUGACGAUGAAUUCCUUUACAAUAAACCAAAAGUCUUCUACGUAAUGAUUAUAUCAACGUUUUAAUUAUCGAAAACAGAAAGCAAACAGAGCGUAAUAGUAUUUUUUUUUAAAUUUAAUGUGCUGGGGUUCUACCAUUUCCAGUUAAGACGACGAGGUGUAAGAGCGUCUUGAUUAUAUGUGAAGAUGUUUCAACCAUUUUGAUUUUCAUCAGUAGUUUUGCAUGUUUUAAUGAAAUUGAUAGGUACUGUGACUGAAUUAUAACUUGGCUAUGCGUUGUCAGACACUCAAGGACGUUAAAAACGACCGAUUCGUAUACGGCAAUGAUUUAUUUCUUGCAACUUGUACGCCCAUAUGUUGAUGUUUAAUUCUAAUUAUCAGAUUUGGCGGCUUCUUUUGUGAUGCUUGAAGCGUGAUACUUGUUCUCCGAUGCAUGUGAAGCUUGUGUUGUAAUUAACGUCAUAAAAAUUCACAGCGCGCAUAUUUAAAACGUAAAUAUCAUUACAUGUUGAAGUCGAUUACAAACUCGUGAACGACGAUUUGUCUUUUCCAAUUGUCUCCAUUUAUCAAAAAUCUUUAUCGUUUUAAUUUUUGUCAAAAUUAGAUCAUCCCCCUAUUCCAUUAUUCAAACGUUAUAGUGCGACACGAUCAAAAUCAUAUGGGAGCGUCACCGAAAUUAUUCUGGACAGGCUGUGGACCUAAGGAACCACCAUGUGAACAUUAUGAAUGAGCCAAAACGUCACCUUUUUUUUUUUGCUUUUGGAAAAACUGUUCAAUCAAUUUAUCUUUGAACGCUGAACGACAUAUUAAUCUAAUAUUCUACAUUCUUUUCCGACAACCGAAUAUCUGUAUAUCCGAUUAAAAAUAUGGCGAAUAUGGGUUCUUGUUUCAGAUAGCACCAAAAAAGUUACCGCUUUGAUAUCCGAAUUUUUUAUGCAUACAAAAAUGUAUAUCAUAAGAUAUUAGCAUUACAAAAAUUUUAUCAGUGGAUUAAACUGAAAUGUUGGGAUGCGGCCUUUUUUAAAGUCCUUGAGUGUAGUUACAUGUAUUUUAAUGGUAAAGAUUAUGUAUUGUAUUGACGUACCUAUUUUAGUAUUGUAUUUUCAAUGUUUUUUGGUAUCUUUGCAUCGAAGACAAAAGAGGUAAAAGCUUAUAUCCGUACCUUAACAACAGUUCGAAAUAAGUAAUAUCUUUACCUUUAGCCUGCUAGCGGCAAGCGAUUUUAGCUUUGCGAUCAGUGUAGACCAAGAUCGGUAAAUUUUCAGUGAACACCCCUUUGAAUGAUAAGUUGUACUGCUCAAACUGAGUGAUGGGUAAGUCAGUUUUAGAAAUUUGGCAGGGUAAAGGUUAAAUUGAUAGUGGUGAAGUAAUAGAUUUGUUUGAUUGGUUUGAUCGUAAACUAGUAUACAUAAUCGGUAUGUAAAUGUUACCCUCUGUGAUAGCUUCUCAGAUACUGUGGUUGUGAAUGUUGUGAGAAGUAGGAACAUACGGGGGAAAGUUGUAGUAUCAACGUCAUAUUGCUGUGAAAUCUACCUUGAAUUUCGUUUCGACACAAAUGUUAAGCAACAUUUUAAUGACACUGACCUCCAGAUCGAACAACAACAAAAAAAGAGAAUUUGUUUUUAUGGAAACACGUAAAAAUUAGUUGUUUUUACUUACUUUUUCCACUCAAAAUUGAAAAGCGUUUAUAUCGGGACUGCCUUAAUACUAGUAAUAAAGUUUUAUAUUCAAAUUCUGUUAAGUUAGUAGGCGUCUGUGGUCUACACUUAGGCAUUCGGCACAUUUGUAUAGUUUAAAAUAUGAUGCUAUAUAUAUGAUAAAAACAUUCAUAGACAGUUCAGGACCUAAAGUUAAAUCCUGCACCCAUUUACUAUAUAUUGAUUAAAAUGAAUCAAUAUUAUUAUUAUUACAUGAUACAGUAAGUGGAUGAUGUAUUUAUUGUUGGGUCCUGGAUUGUCUAUGAUUUUUUAUGAGAAAGAGCAUCAUUAUAGACCGACCAAACAAAUAUGCCGAGUGCCUACGUGGCUCUAUAUAUUCUCGGCAAAAAUAGCAUCUCUAGCCAAUAUACUGGUCAAAAACGCUGGAAAACUUCUAUUGCCGAGCCGGUCCGGGUUCGAUACCCUACUGUGGCAUGUUUUAUUUUAUUUUAUUUUUAUUUAUUUAUUUAUUUAUUUAUUUUUUAUUUGACAUUUUUAAGGUAAUACAGUCUUAAAGAAAGAUCUUAAAGCCAAAAUCUGGAGGUUAGUGCCUUUAAUCAAGGUACAUUAAACAACACGGUAACAAAACUAUGAUGUAAAACAUCACUUUUUUCUAAAAGGUAAUAUUGUGGCUCCGAUAUAUGUUUAUUCAAGGAAGGUUCUGCUGUUUUUAAUUCUGUUUUAACGUUAAAUAUUGGAUUAGGUUUCCUUCAGUCAUCUGGACAACAAACAUUUAUCGUUUUUAUAUGUAACAGCAUAUACGUAACUGGCAUUAUUCUUGCAUUUCGUUUCGGCAAGAUAAUUUCUAAGUUUAUAAGUAUUUCAGCCAUCGGACAUAUGUAGAUUAGGAAAUAGCUACUUGCAAAUGCGGACAUAAGCGCUUUGACCCUUUUAGCAGCAGAUGAGAAGACAAUUUUUGGUGGAAUCACUUCAGCAUUUAAAGUGUAUGCAUUUAUUUCUUGACGAUUGUAAAGACAUGUCUUCCUUAAAACGUUUUUGCAUAUAUUAUGUUUGUACAUUAUCAUAUUUAGUAUUUUAUCUAUAACUGUAAAUUAAUGAUAUUCUGUAACGUUCUCAGUUAAAUUUCAUCUUUCAUUCAUGAACACUAGAUGCAAUAAUUUUACGAGUGGCAUAGCCACGUGUGAAAAUGUAAGAAUGGUGUUCAUGAAUGAAGAUAUUAUUAUCUUAUAUUAUAUACCCUUCUCAAAUGCGCUCAUUUGAUUGGUCGAAAUUAAUGCAAGCGCGGGUCCGCAAAAAAGCGAUAUUGACCUGCAAAAGUGAUAAUGACUCUUGUGAUAACACUUUUUUCUUAUAUGUAUGAAAUAUGAACCAGUCAAAUGAAUGCAUUUGAGAAGGGCAUAUAAUAUAACAAUUAAAGACAUAUGUUUCGGUCAAUAUGUGUUUUUACCAACCUUUAAAAAUGAUAUUGACCGAGGACUGCGUCCUCGGUCAAUAUCAAUUUUACAGGUCUGUAAAACACAUAUUGACUCAAGAUAAGUCAAUAACUGUAUAAUAAUAAAUGUAAAUAAAAAAUCUUUUAUUUCAAUGUUCGGCUAAACUUUACCAAUUUUGUACCCAUUUUAUACAGUUUCUUAACAGUGAAAAGUAUAUUUGAAAUGCCAGUUAUAUUUUACUCUAAUAUUUCGAUAAAUAAAAAACUGCAUAUAAUAAAUACUUAUAUUCAGUAUGAUACAGCUAGAAAAUGCUAGAUAGUUUGAACCAUUUUUUACAAUAGUGUUUGUGUAUUAUAUAGCAUGCAACAACGACAAACUCGUGUUCGGAAUUAUUAACGAUAUUCGUGACCUCAUUUAGUAAUCGUAGUACUAACUUGUUUGUGUACGUACACGUAAAAUGUAAAAGCAUUUGUUAGCGUUUCAGCACAGUACAACAGUAAGCUUUUGUCUGCAUUUAGUAUAAACCCAUGAAACUGUAGUUAGUUUUUUUCCGCAAAGUACGACUAUGGUUAGUUUUUAAGUAACGUACAUACUAGUUACAUUUUCCAUUUUAAUACAAAUUAUAGUUACAUUUUCCAUACAAUAAUAUAGAUAGGUUUUCGUUACAAUACAUAAUGCAGUUAUUUUUAAUUAAUACAUAGCGCGAAUGACAAAUUUCAAUUAUUGGAACAAUACAGAAAUGUUACAUUUUCAUUUGUCAUGUAUUUUAUUCUACAUGGAUAUAAACGAAACAAGGUCCACAUUUUUAUUGACUAGAAUAUGAAAAUGGUUACUUCUAUAAAAAAAAACCUGCAAAUCUCUGAGUCAUUAUACUAUGACACUUUUCACUUUGCUGUUGUUUUUUUGUUUCUUUAUUUGUUGUUGUUUUUUUUUGUUUCUGUUUUGUUGUUUUCUUUUUUAUUUCAAUAUUACGUUUAUUCUUUCCCUUAUUUUGUUUUUAAUAUACAUUUAUCUAUCCUUGAUAAAUAAAUAUGGUCAAGUGUAUUUAUGAAUAAAAUAUGAAGUCAUA